AUGGGAUGUCAGACAGGUAGAGAGAUUGUCACAUUGGCUAAAGUUGUUUUUCCCGAUAGCUUGUUAGGUUUCACGGGUGGUGAGCGCGAGUGGCACUGCCCGGCGGAAAACUACCGUGAGCUGGUCAAGGCCCUUGUCCAGCGCUGGCCGGAGCUGGAGGAGCCGCUGGAAAGAAUUGCAGUGGCGAUUGAUGGCAACAUCUACCAGGAUGCUUUCCUGGAGCCAAUAGAUCCAGACAGCGAAGCGCCGGUUUCGGAAGCGCAGCGUAUUGAGUCCCUGGAUGUGCUGCGUGGCUUUGCUCUGCUGGGUAUCCUGUUGCUGAAUAUCGUUGGCUUUGGACUUAUUUCUUCUGCCUAUUCUGUGCCGUCAGAAGCAAUGACCGGUACCGCUGAUCUUAUUGCCUGGUCCAGUGUGGAAUUGUUUGCCGAAGGCGCCAUGCGCGGAUUGUUCUCGAUUCUGUUCGGUGCCGGGGUGGUGCUUUUUGUCGGGGGCGUUGAAGGACGCGGUGCAGGCGUUCAUUUCAAAAGAAAUUUCUGGUUGCUGGCGUUUGGUCUCUUCGAUGCUUAUCUGCUCCUGUGGAGUGGCGACAUUUUGCUCAAUUACGCGCUGGCAGGCGCGCUCCUGUAUUUUGUUCGAGACGUCAGGGCCGGGCGGUUAUUGACGACCGCGGUUGUGUUGUUUGUCAUGCUGUCGGCUUUUUACGGUGUAACCAACCUGGCCCUGUCUGCGGCACAGCAGGCUGCACAACAGGUAGAGCAGGCCGAUGAUGUUGCUUCCCUUGAUGCCGGUACCCUGGCUGCUGGUGAGCAGUGGCAGGUGUUUGCCGGGGAUUUCACGCUGUCUGCAGAACAACAGGCGCAAGAGCUGGCCGCAAGACAAGGCAGCUAUCUGUCGGCGCUGGCGUGGAACGCUAAGAAAACCAAUGAAAUGCUGACAUUUGUGUUACCGCUUUAUCUAUUCUGGGAUGCGCUGGCCAUGAUGUUGUUAGGCAUGGCCCUUUACAAAUAUGGUGUUCUUCAGGGGCUGCGUUCAUCGGCUUUUUAUAAGAAACUCAUGUGGGGUGGUUUUACCGUUGGGUUGCUUGUGAACGCCAGUGAGAUUCACCGUGCCAUCGAUAGUGAUUUUGAGCUGCUCAGUGUCUUCGCUCAGGUUCAGGCGACUUAUCAUGUCGGCAGGCUUGGUAUGGCGAUGGGUUACAUCGGGCUGUUGCUGCUCCUUAUCAACAGUUCACUUUUGACAGGCUUGCGCGCACGCCUGGCCAGUGUGGGACGAAUGGCAUUGACGAACUACCUUAUGCAUUCGUUGAUUGCGCUCAUCAUAUUUACCGGCGCUGGCUUUGCGCUGGUCGGUGAGCUGUCUCGCGCGCAACUUUAUGGGGUUGUAUUUGCCAUAUGGGUGCUGCAGCUAUGGCUCAGUCCCUGGUGGCUGGAACGUUUUCGUUUUGGUCCGGUGGAAUGGCUCUGGCGGGUAUUGACGUAUGGCAAGCUGAUGCCGAACCGCCGUACUAAAUAA